AUGUCGAGUGGUCGUUGUAAAACUCAUAAUAAAAAAGCACCUGAAACAUGGAUUGUAUGCCGUUCUUUGGAAGACAACAGAAACAAAAGGGUAUUGAUCCAACUACCCACAAGAAAUACAUCCUUAGAAGAAACUAUAGAUUUCUCGUUUUCUGUGUUUGGUAUUAAUGAAUGUGGUUUUUGCGCAAAAGUCGUCCGUCCACUACUUCUACGCUUUUAUUUCUUGUCUUGGUUGUUUUUUAUCAAUACAAUUCAUCAGAACAUUUCGACCGAUUAUCUCAAUGUACGAUUGAAUCUCACUUCGAACACAGCGAUCUGUCAUUCCGAUGAUAUUCUCAUUGUCUACGUUCUCUCGACAGCUCAUAAUUUCGAUCGACGACAUAUGAUUCGUUCGACAUGGGGCACACCGCUGGUCGGCACUUGUUUUGUAUUCAUUCUUGGUAAAUCCGACGGUGUCAUUCAGCCACGUAUCGACAAGGAAAAACGACGAUACAAAGAUAUUGUUCAAAUAGAGCACCCGGAAUCGUAUGCAAAUGUUAUCUAUAAAGAAGUUGCCGCAUUGCACUGGGCUGCGCAUUUCCAUCGUUCGAUACCAUUGCUAUUCAAAACUGACGAUGAUCUAAUUCUUGACUCGUUGCUGGUAUCAUCCAUAGCACAAACAUUAACAAACUACAGGGCAAAUGCAAGUUCUUAUCUGUUGAAGCAUCGGCCGAAAUUAGUUCGCGAACUGGCAUCGAUGGAUCGAUCGAAGUUAUUUCGUGGCGGAUGGUCUAUGGCGUACCAACCGGCGUUACGCUCCGGAAAAUUUGGAGUUAGCGAAUAUGUAUGGCCUCAUGCAACAUUGCCUCUGUAUUGUUCUGGUUUUGGUUGGUUUAUGUCGAAAGAUGUUCGUGAUCGGCUCGUUAGUGCAUCUUAUACAUAUCCGGUGAAUAAAACAGCGUGGAUAGGUGAUGUUUUCGUGUCAGGAUUCUUAGCAAAAGCAGCAAAAGUUUCGUGUCUGGGUAUUGAACUAGAUUAUGAUCAGACAUUUUCCGGAAAAUGUGCAUGCUCUAUGACGCAACGUCCGAUGCUAACCGUUUGUUCGUCCACAUUACAUGCAGGAGGCGGAGGAAAUGAAACAGCUAAAUUUCACGAGUAUGAAAUGGCUUGGAAAGUCAUUCAAGAACGUCAUAAUCAUAUUGAUAAUGCAAAUUUUACAGGUAGAGUGGUUAUUCAUAACCAUUCGACUUUGGAGCAUGCAACAUUGAAUAAUAGCUGUAUUCUUCAUCGUAGCACAAUAUCAAAUGAAUGCCACAGUAUUGCCUUCGUCGUUGCAUUAUGUUCGAUUCGUUUUGUUCUUUUCAUCGUUUUAUUUCGACUCUCUGAAGGAAAGAAACUCUCAUCAUGUCGCGAUAAACAUUGUUUGACACAAAUUGAAACGAAUGACUAUCGGCUAUUUCCUGUUUCAAAUUAA